AUGAAUGCCGACAGGAGCCGCACCCGGAGGGAGCGCACCUUUGUGGGGAGCGAGUGCGCUGUCUGCGAGGAGCCGCUGGAACACACGCUCCGUGGCGAGAGGAUACUGCAGUUCUCAUGCUCCCAUGUGUCACAUGAGGCGUGUUUCUACGAAUUUAUUCGGGAGUUCGAGUCGCAGUACUGUCCGACAUGUAACGCACCGCUUCACCUCGACACAAGUCGGGGCGGAAAUGUCCUCGACAUCGCAGCGGCAGCGGCGGCAGCAGCCUGGGACGAGCACGCCGGCCGCCCACCAAGCAGAGGCUCUGCUUCAAGAAACGCUCCGCCGCAGGCUGCGUCCCAUGGUAGCGUUCGAGACCAGGCAUCCGACAGAUUCCUAGGACGGAACGGCCACACGCGAAAUGACAGCGAUGCGACAGGAGUGACUGGGGUUGCUUCCUCGGGCGGCUACCCUGAGACGACACAGAGCGGCCCGGCGCGGCGUCACGAAUAUGAUUUGCAGGCCAUGGAAGCCUCUCUGGCCAGCCCCAAAGCGGUUGCGAGGAAUCCCAUCCCGGCACCGACCGUCACCGUGCGAUCCGAGUUCCCUACAAUCAACAGAUCGCGGCAGCAGCAGACGCUCACAUGCCUCAUCACGGUCGAGGUUCCCGACAACAAAUGGCGGCCGGACCCUGAUGAUCUCCAGUCUGCGCCCCCCCUUCCACAACAGAGGAUAGAAGACCAGUUUCCCCAGAGGCCCCCGUCUCCAGCACGGAGCGCACCCCGCUUCUAUCCCUAUGAGGCGCCAGAGGUCUUGGAGGAAAUGACGGAGACCCUCCGCAGCCGGGUCGACAAUUGGCAUGGUCUAGACUUUAGUCGAUUUGGUAAACUGCGGCUGUACGGAACUCUGCGAGUGGGAAAGGACAAGGUCUCGUGGCAAGAGCUUGAAUGUUUCCUCUUCGCCGAGAUGCUUAUCUGCGUGAAAGAGAAGAAGAGCUCAAACCAAUCUUCACAGUGGGACGACGGUACCCCUCGCAAGACCACAAGAUGCACCCUCAAGGGGUCGAUCCUGAUCAAGAAGCACCUGAACGAGGUAACAGAGACUGGUCACAUGGAUGAGAACAUCUUGACGCUCAGCCUCUCCGUCGCCGAGCUGCCGCAGUUCCACCUGCGCUUUGAGAACCGCAACCAACUGAAGCUUUGGCAACAAGCCCUGUUGGACCUGAACGCCGUCGAGACACCACCUGUCCGCAGCCCCGACUAUGAUCGCGGCGAAUUCUCGGGAGAAGAUGAGGAGGAAUGGCGUAGAGACUCAACGAAGCCUCAGCGCGUCUCGUCAGUAGCAUCUUCCUGGGGGGGAGCAAGGUCAGCCACAACGGCACCGACUGAGUAUACGAACUUUGCCAGGAGCCCUCUCAUGCCUUCGGUCCACGUCCCCAUCGACGUCGUGGUGGUCGUGCCCAUCUCGUCGUCGAUGCAGGGUGUCAAGAUCAACCUGGUUCGGGAUGCAUUGAGGUUCAUGGUGUACACCCUUGGCGAGAGGGACCGCAUGGGCUUGGUGACAUUCGGCUCGGGAGGCGGUGGUGUGCCCAUCGUAGGCAUGACGACCAAGGCAUGGCCUGGCUGGAGCAAUGUCCUGUCCUCAAUCAAGCCCGUCGGUCAGAAGAGCCACCGGGCAGAUGUGGUCGAGGGAGCCAAUGUCGCCAUGGACCUCCUGAUGCAGCGCAAGUACAACAACCCCGUCGCGACCAUCAUGCUCAUCAGCGAUGCGUCUACGUCAGACGCCGAUAGUGUUGAUUUUGUCGUCUCACGAGCUGAGGCUGCCAAGAUCACAAUUCACUCUUUUGGCCUGGGCAUGACACACAAGCCAGACACGAUGAUCGAGCUUUCCACCCGGACCAAGGCAUCUUAUACCUACGUCAAGGACUGGAUGAUGCUUCGCGAAUGUUUGGCCGGAUGUCUGGGGUCGAUGCAGACACUAUCGCACCAGAACGUCAAGCUCAAGCUGAAGCUGCCAGAAGGCUCGCCGGCUAAGUUCCACAAGAUCAGCGGUGCACUCCAGAUCACAAAGCGCGCGACUGGACGUGAUGCAGAGGCUUCUCUGGGCGAUCUGCGCUUUGGCGACAAACGGGAUAUCCUCGUCCAGCUUGUCAUCCUUCCCGACACCUCGACACAGGAGCAGCUGCCACAGGAUGCGUGGGAGACCGUCGUAGCAGGACUCGAGGCCCUCGGCGGCCCAGUUGAACAAGAAGACCAACGUGCAGUGUCUGUGGAGGAAGUCCCGCUUAUACAAGCAGACCUCACGUGGGGCGACAUCCUGAGGGACGGUGCUGCCAUGCACCUGCCAAGGCCAUCGCUUUUGGCCAUCACAAUGCUGCCAGCGUCGUCGAACAAGAAGUCCUGGAACGGCUCACCACCAAUCCCCCCGCAUCCGCACAUCGUGCAGCGGCGGAUGGAGCUGCUCACCUCCGACAUGCUCACCCGCGCACUGACCCUCGUCAGCAGAGGGCAGCACGACAGGGCACACACGCUCCUGAACGAAACGCGCUCGAUCCUGAAGGGCCUCGGCAAGGGCGGCCUACCACCCGUCCCCGCGAUGCCACCCAAGUCUAACCCUUCAACCCCCCUCAACGUCCAGAACGAAUCCUCCCCAACCGCUGCUCUCACCCCCGACAGGAAACAUACGCCCUCGCCCACAGCAGCCGGGCCUGCAAACUCUGGCAACUCGGCUGUGCCCAACGGCUUCCAGCCAUCGGCCAUCCCGCGUAGCCGGUCAAACGACGCGAUUGGUCUCGGCGGUAUGGGUCCCGCGGCAGGUAUCGAUGUGACGACCGUGUCGGCGCUUGAUGCUGAGCUGGACUCUGCGCUUGAGUGGAUCAACCACCCGGCCGUCUUUGGCCGGGACAGCAGGAAGGCGGUGCUGCAGGCCAUCGGCGUCAUCAGCAGCCAGAGGGCGUUCACGUUCAGGACACCCAUCGAGGGUCUGUGGGCGGCGCGUGUGGGCGGCGUGAAGAAGCUGACAGAAAAGAGUCGGGAGUGGAGGGAUGAGGGCGGUGGUGCUGAGGGGAUCACAGAGGAGGCAUGA